AUGUGCUCUCCAAGAGCUUCGCAUCCACUCACCAAGAGCUCCACCCUCGGCAGAAAGGGGGUAAAGACAGCUUGGUCCUUCCUAGAACUGUGGAGAACCUCUCAUUCAAUUCUCUUCCAACUGACCUUGGCCACAGUUCUGAUGGCUCCUGUUCUUGGUGAUUGUGGACUCCCACCAAAUUUACCAUUUGCUGCUCCAAUCAACCAGUUGUAUGGGACAACCUUCUCCACUGGAACUGUUCUGAAAUAUGCCUGCCGUCAUGGCUUCAGGAAAAUCAAUUCAAGCCAUCUUACUUGUGAUGAGAAUGGUUCGUGGGUCUACGCUGUCUUCUGUGCCAAGAAACGGUGCAGAAACCCGGGCGAGUUGGCCAAUGGGAACGUAGAAAUCACGACUGAUCUUUUCUUAGGUUCGACCGUAGAUUUCAGCUGUGGAAAGGGAUACCUUUUGAUUGGCUCAGCAACUAGUCGGUGUGUGGUCCAAGGUAAAGGAGUUGACUGGAGUGAUCCUCUCCCAGAAUGUGUAAUUGUCACGUGUGAGUCCCCUCCAGACAUCAGCAAUGGGAAACACAGCGGCCGAGAUGACGAUCUUUACACAUUUGGCUCCUCCGUCACCUACAGCUGUGACCCCAACUUCACACUCCUUGGCAAUGCCUCCAUAGUCUGCUCUGUGGUCAACAAAACAGUAGGUGUUUGGAGCCCAAGCCCUCCCGCCUGUCAAAAAAUCAUCUGUCAUCAGCCACAGAUUCCGGGGGGAGGGGACUUGGCCCCUGGAUUUCGACAGUUCUAUAUUUAUAAAGACUCUGUUGAGAUCAGAUGCAAGAAGGGUUCUGUUCUCAGAGGCAGCAGCGUCAUCCGCUGUGAAGCUAAUAGCGAGUGGUGCCCUUCUGUCCCCACUUGUGAGGCCAAUGGUUGUACUGACGUACCAGAUAUUCCCUAUGCUUCCUGGGAGGGCAAUAAGUUUCCCUUAAGAAAUUUUGAAAUAUUUGAGAUUGGGACCAAAUUGAAAUACCGGUGCAAGCCUGGCUACCGACCGGUUCUCAUGGAGCCCCAGAUCGUGACAUGUCAAGAGAAUCUGACGUGGACGCCUUCCAAAGGCUGUGAACGAGCAUGUUGCCCAACACCAAAUAUGGAUAAAAUCAGGAUUGUAAGUGAAAGGAGAGAUUUAACUGGCAUAUGCCUCUAUGCCUAUGGAGACUAUGUUUUCUAUAUCUGUGCUGAAGGCUCUUACCCUAUGUCGACUGAUGGGAGGAGUUCAUGUCAAGCGGAUGGAAGGUGGGAACCUGCAAUGCCAUCAUGUCAGGCUGACUCAGAAAUGCAGACCCAUGUUGCUGUUACCUCACCAAGUGUAGCAGAAACAGUCACGAAGAGCAAUAAAUAUCUAUCUGAUAAUGGAGAAAGCUCAAGGUACGUUUCUGCUAGAGGUGUGUGCUCCAAACCGGUGGUCAUGCACGGAAGCCUGUCUGUGGAGAAAGAGCACUACACAGAGACGGAAAACGUCACCAUUCAGUGUGACACCGGAUAUGACUUAGUUGGCUCCCCGAACAUCAUCUGUUCGGAAAACAGAACAUGGGACCCUGAGAUACCCAAAUGUAAGACGGAGGCCCUUGAAGAAUGUGAACAAGUGAAUGAAGGCAGAAAGCUCUUGCAGUGCCUCACAAGCCCAGAUGAAGUGCAAAAGGCCCUGGAGGUGUACAAGCUGUCUCUGGAGAUCGAACGGUUAGAACUGGAGAAAGGGAAGUGGACACAAAGCCACAGGAAGCCUUCUAAACAUGUUAAAAUGAAGGGGCCCCUUAGGCCUUUUGGUUAA